AGAAGCGAUCGAAGCAUGGAGCGAAUACCACUCUUGGACUAGCUAAAGUAUCUGCAUUUUUCUUUAUUUCGUUCAGUUCCUAGGGUCUGUUCAAGAUGGAGAGCGCUGCGGCAGACGUGAUCAUCUUGGGGGCUUCUGGAUUCACUGGCAAGCGCGUUUUGGGUGAGUUCCUCCGCAAGCUCCCAGAGGACAGGAAGGUGGGCAUAGCUGGGCGUAGCCGCCAGAAGCUGGAGGAGUCCCUCUCUUGGGCUCUCGGACAUACGUCUGAAGAACAGAGGCUCAAGUCGUCCGUGCCGAUAUUCGAGGCUGAUGUUCACGACAUGGCUUCUCUUCGGGGGUUGUGCUCGAAAACAAAGUUGCUCGUCAGCUGCGUUGGUCCGUACAGGCUUUAUGGAGAGCCCGUUGUGGCUGCUUGCGUGGAAGCUGGAAUAGACUACUUGGACAUCACUGGGGAGCCCGAGUUCAUGGAAAGGAUGAGGGCCAAGUACCACGAGCAGGCCGUGGACAGGGAAAGUCUGGUGGUGUCCGCUUGUGGAUUCGACAGUGUUCCGGCGGAGUUUGGGGUCAUCUUCAAUACGAAGCAGUGGCAAGGCUCUUCGAAGCCCAACAGCAUUGACGCCUAUCUCACGCUGCGUUCCUCGACGCGGAUGAAAGGCAACUUUGCAACUUUUGAGUCUGCGGUCCUGGGAAUUGCGAGCGUUGGGGAGCUUCAAAAGCUCAGGAAGUCGAGGCCAAUUAAAUCGCCAAGACUCCAGAUUCCAGGAGUGCCGCUGAAACGCCCUGCGGUGCACUGGGAGGACGCAGUAAAUUCCUGGGCCGUCAAGAUCCCUUCGUCCGACGCAGUCCUGGUUCGUAGGACUCUUGCAACAGUAGCUGAGAACCCAGACGGCCUUCCUACGGCUUCCAAGCAUCAAGAACAGUCCUUAAGGCAGUGGACGGACAUCAAGCCUGUGCUCUUUGGCGUCUACUUGAGCGUCAAGGAGCUCUGGAGGGUCUGCUUUCUGCUGCUCACGGGAUUCAUUCUCUACGUCCUGGCAAACUUUGGUUGGGGUAGAAAGCUCCUGCUCAGCUAUCCGGAGGUUUUCACAGGCGGAGUUUUCAGCAAGACGGGGCCUUCGCAGGAGGAGAUUGAUAACUCCUCUUUCUCGAUGGUGUUCGUGGGCCGCGGCUUCAAGGACGCUAGCAAAGUUCCGCCCGGGAAGAAACAGCAACCGGACAUGGAGAUCAUCACGCGAGUAACAGGUCCGGAGAUUGGAUACGUGACGACGCCUAUCAUUCUCGUCCAGGCGGCGCUGCUCGUGCUGGAAAACCGCGAUAAACUCCCCAAAGGUGGCGUGUGGACUCCUGGUGUUGCGUUUGGAACCACGGACUACGAGCAGAGGCUGCAAAACAAUGGCUUGUCGUUUGACGUUAUUAGCAAGCAUUAGAUAAACCUUGGCCAAAAAAAUUAGAUUUAUUUUGUGUUCAUAAUAAACAAUAUAAAGAUUUUACAUUGAUUUAUG